AUGGACCAAAAGCAUAAUGAAAAUUUGAACGAUAAAGAAAUUCAAAGCUUUUUUAAUGAAAUAGAUAAUAUAUUUAAUGAAGAAGAUAAUAAUAAUUUUGUAAAACUAGAAGAAGAAUUAAAUGAAAAAUGUUUUCAAUUAAUUAAAAAGAAGGAAAAUAGUCAUAAUUUAUCUAUUCAAUCAAAAUUAAAUUUAUUCAUUGAAGAAAUAGAAUUUAUCAAUAAUGUGUUAGAUACUUAUGAAAAGGAAAAAAAAAAAAAUGAAAAUAAAAAUGAAAAUCUUUUAAAAAAAGAUGGAUAUAAUGAAUCUGAAGAUAUUUUAAAUGAUCUUAUUUAUUUAGAGUUGGGUUUAAGAGACUCUGAUAAUACAAAUGAGACAAAAAAAUUAUUAUUAAAAAUUAGUGAAAAUUUAUAUAAAAUAAAAAGUAAAGAAUUUAUUUUAACAAUGAAGAAAUCAUUAGAUAUAAGAAUAAAUGACUUUCGAAAGAAUGAAAUAAGUGAAGAGUAUUUUUCAAAAAAAAUUAAUGAAAUAUAUAUAGACACAAAGAAUCAAUUAGAUUAUGAAAUAGAUGAAAAAGAAAAAAAAUCAAAAGAAAAUAUUAUUGAAAAUUCAAAGAAUAUUCUAAUAGAUUCAGAUACAACAAACAAUUUAGUAGACAUGAAUUUGGAUGGUAAUUUAAUUCCAUUGGUUCCAAUGGAUAAAUGUGUUAAUAAAAUUGAUAAAAGUGAAAUUGAUACAAAAAAUGAAAAUGAUCAAAUAAAAGAAGCAAAAAUAUCAAAUAAAAUGAUAAAUAUUAAAAAGAAUAGGAAGGAACAAAAAAUAGAAUCAUCUAACUUUUUUCAUAAAAAAAAAUUAAAAUUAGUAGAGAGAUGGAAUCGAGUAGCUGAAGAAACAAAAUUAUUAAAUGAUUAUGAUUCUAGUUAUUAA